UCCCGGUGAGAUGCGGAUGAGCUGCAGAAAGCAAUCAGCUCUCAUCCACCGAGCAUACAACAGAGCGAUGACCGAUUAGACGAAAUAUUAAAUUACCUGAAUUAGCUACCUCACUUAUCGGAUGAUAAAAGACUCUGCGGCUGGGAAACACUGACAGCGGUGGCCGCUGCGCUGAGAAGACACGCCACUUACGGUGACCCGGGUAUCAGGAAGAAGGUAGCAUGCUGGCUAACGUUAACGCUGGCUAAACAUUAGCGUCAUCUUUGGGCAUUGUUGGCAGUCUAACGCGUCCUCGACACUGUUAAGCCUCCAGUCUUCAUGGCUGAACCAGAGCUUCUGCUGGACUCCAAUAUUCGACUUUGGGUGGUGUUACCUAUUGUCUUCAUCACCUUCCUUGUCGGAGUGAUCCGGCAUUAUGUCUCUAUUCUUCUUCAAAGUGACAAGAAGUUGACGUUAGAGCAGGUUUCUGACAGCCAGGUGCUUAUUCGGAGCAGAAUUCUCAGAGAGAAUGGAAAGUACAUCCCAAAACAGUCAUUUUUGAUGAGAAAAUUCUACUUCAACAACCAAGAAGAUGGAUUUUUUAAGAAGACCAAAAGAAAGGUUGUUCCACCUUCUCCCAUGACAGAUCCUAGCAUGCUGACCGACAUGAUGAAAGGAAAUGUCACCAACGUCCUUCCCAUGAUCCUCAUUGGAGGCUGGAUCAACUGGACCUUUUCAGGAUUUGUAACAACUAAGGUCCCUUUCCCUCUAACUCUCCGCUUCAAGCCAAUGCUGCAGCAGGGCAUAGAGCUGCUCUCACUUGAUGCUUCCUGGGUAAGUUCGGCGUCAUGGUAUUUCCUGAACGUAUUUGGACUACGGAGCAUGUACUCAUUAAUUCUAGGACAAGACAAUGGUGCAGAUCAGUCGAGGAUCAUGCAGGAACAGAUGAGUGGUGCUGCCAUGGCCAUGCCUGCUGACACAAACAAAGCCUUUAAGGCUGAGUGGGAAGCACUGGAGCUGACUGACCAUCAGUGGGCACUGGAGAGCGUAGAGGACGACCUGAUGAGCAGAGAGCUGGACUUUGAUGGCAUGUUUAGCAAGGACCUGCCAAGCGGUAUCUUCUGAUGUCCUGAUGUCCUGUACUUGGAGCCUUCAAUUUGAAAAAUAUUCAUUGCAGGGAUUUGCAUUUGGUCCAGGCAACAGAGAUGGGACAAAUCCCUUUAUGUUAUGCAAAGUUUACAUUCCCAUGUAUGUGGUCCUUGUUUUUCACACACAGUUCCUUUCCAUUCCUGUUCAUGAAAUAUCUUAACAUAAUGUACACUGGUUCCAUGCUGACUAAUGUAUACUAGAAAACAUUGCUUUUGUUGUUGAACUUUGAGAACAGGGAAAUGUUGGGAGAAAUAAAGUGGCUUUUUGCUUACUGAAUUGCAUUAUGAGCUUGCAAUUGUAUGCCAUUAUAAGCCAUUAGGUAAUAGAAUGUGAACUAUUUAGGGUUUUUUUCUUAUAUCAUGCACAGCUAGACUAGCUGAUUUGAUUUUCAUUUGUAACAAAAUGUUUUUAAAAAAACAGUAAACAACUCCAUUUUACAUGCCUGAAUAAUGUUUAAUUUAUUUUACAAUCAUUACUGACUCCUUAAUUAAACUGAGGGAUAGAUGAGAUGGUCUGUGCCAGCUACCUUCUGUUGGAUGCAGACCCAGAAAUUGUUAAUUUUUGGCCGAGAAAAUGUUUGUGUGUUUGAAAUCUGUUUUUGAAGUGUGUAGAUGGUUUAUUUUAUAAUGUAGCCUCCUUGUGUUUUGUACAACAUAAAGUCUGUUUUGAAAAUA